UGGUGUCUUUAGCCUUUGGACAUUAACUCCGACGGGCAGCCACAGCUCGCCAAGUAAGGUCAAAGGUAGUUGAAGUGCCUUGUUUGUUACCCCAGUCCUCAGUCGGCACUGCUUCACCGAGGCUGCAGCCUGACCUGCACCCAGAGAGGCGCCGUCCGUCAUGAAGUUCUCUGCAUGCAAAGCAGACCUCUUCCUCGCAACAAUAUUCUUACUUUUGCUGUGUACCACUGCAGACAAGGGUCCGUUAGUCCAUACAAAGUUGGGGCCUUUGAGAGGAAAAUAUGUAAGUGUAAAGGGGAAGGAGACAGGAGUCCAUGCCUACCUGGGUGUGCCGUUUGCUAAGCCACCUGUUGGUCCCUUGAGACUGAGCCCACCCCAGCCUGCAGAGGGAUGGGAGGGAGAGAGGGAUGCCACCCAACAACCACCCAUGUGUGCUCAAGACCGAAAGAUUAAUGUUGAGUUUAUCAAAAAAAUCUCAAUGCACAUUGAGCUCCCAGACAUAUCGGAGGAUUGCCUUUAUCUCAACAUUUACACCCCUGUCAAGCCCUCUGAGAAGCAUAAACUGCCUGUCAUGGUCUGGAUCCAUGGGGGAGGUCUGACCAUAGGCUCUGCUUCGUCAUAUGAUGGUUCUGCUUUGGCUGCUUAUGAGGACGUGGUUGUGGUGCUGAUCCAGUACCGCCUAGGAAUACUGGGAUUCAUGAGCACAGAAGAUGAGCACAUGCCAGGGAACUUUGGCCUGCUGGACCAGGUUGAGGCCCUUCGGUGGGUCCAGCAGCACAUUCACCACUUUGGAGGAGACCCAGGUUCAGUCACCAUAUUUGGGGAGUCUGCUGGUGGAGUUAGUGUAUCCCUAUUGCUCCUCUCUCCGCUGUCUGCCGGUCUAUUUCAUGGUGCGAUAGCUGAGAGUGGUACAGCAGCAAUGGACACAAUGUUUGAGUUCAACCAUUUGAAAUCAGCCCGGAUAAUAGCAAACUUGUUGGGCUGCAAUAGUUCCACGACAGAGAAGAUUGCUGAUUGUAUGAAGAAGGUGCCAGUUGAUGACAUAGUCAAGAUUCACAAAGAGGAUGGGAGGAUGUUGCUUGGACCGGCUGUUGAUGGGACGUUCCUGCUGAAGUUGGCAGCGGAGUCUCUCAAAAAUCACGAGAUGCAUAGACUGCCUGUCAUGAUUGGUUGCAAUACUGACGAAGCCGGGUGGCUUUUUCUACACGAGAUAGCCCCCCCUGGGUGGGAGGAUGGAAUGGACCGGGAAGAGAGCAUAACCAUGUUAACAAUGUUCCUGUACCGUGAUGCUAAAGACAGAUGGAAGACUGACCUGCUGGCUGAAGAGUACAUGGGAACCUCAAGUGAUCGUCAGAAAAUUAGAGAGGGAUUCAGUGAGGUGAUAGGAGAUGUGCUAUUUACCAUUCCUGCUCUGAAGACCGCAAACUCCCACAGAGAUGUGGGAGUUCCUGUGUACCUCUAUCUGUUCCAGGAAUCUCCCAGCAUGCUCAAGAAGAAGAGACCUAGCUUUGUUGGCUCUGACCACACAGAUGAGCUCUUUUUUGUUUUCGGGUCAUGUUUCACAGAAGAUCAAGUGACACCAGAUGAAUCAUGCACGGAGGAAGACAUUCAGCUCUGUAAAACCGUGAUGAGAUAUUGGGGCAACUUUGCUCGUACGAGGUCUCCUAAUGGGGAUGGCCUGGUCCAGUGGCCACAGUAUGGAGCAGAAGGAGACUACCUGGCCAUCGGAAUGGAGCAGGUUCGUGGUCAGCACCUAAAGAAGGACCGCUUCACCUUCUUUACUCAAACCCUCCCAGAGAAGAUCAAACAACACCAAGAGAAGAUGGAGCUGCUGAAAACCAAAACUGUUCAUACAAAGCUUGGAGCUGUGAAAGGCGAGUUUGUGAGUGUUAAGGGGAGGGAGGGGGUCCAUGCCUUCCUGGGUGUGCCAUUUGCCAAGCCACCUAUCGGCCCACUGAGACUGGCUGCACCCCAGCCUACAGAAGGAUGGGAAGGAGUGAGAGAAGCCACCAAGCAACCACCCAUAUGUCCUCAAAAUAGAGACCAACUUGCUGAGUUCAUAAAGAUGAUUUCCAGCAUCAAUGUAGAUAUCCCUGAGGUUUCAGAGGACUGCCUUUACCUCAACAUUUAUACACCUGCAAACAUGGCUCAGGAUGCAAAGCUCCCGGUCAUGGUCUGGAUCCAUGGUGGGGGGUUUAUGAGUGGGUCAGUCUCAAUAUACGAUGGCUCUGCCCUGGCUGCUUACCAGGACAUGGUUGUAGUUUUGAUCCAGUACCGCUUGGGACUACUGGGGUUUUUGAGCACGGGUGAUGAGCACAUUCCAGGGAACUUUGGCCUGCUGGAUCAAGUGGAAGCCCUGCGGUGGGUCCAGCAGCACAUUCACAACUUUGGAGGAGACCCAGGUUCAGUCACCAUAUUUGGGGAAUCUGCUGGUGGAGUGAGUGUAUCACUCUUGCUUCUCUCACCAUUGUCUGAUGGCCUGUUUCACCGUGCAAUAGCUGAGAGUGGCACUGCUGCAAUGGAUGCACUUCUCACAAAUGAUCCUCUGUCAUUUGCCCAGUUGGCAGCGAAUGCAUCUGGCUGUGACCUCACGAGCACAGAAAAGAUCUCGGUUUGCCUGAAACACAUGGACCAUGAUGCCCUGAUGACCCUUGUCCAUAACCAAAUGUUGCGAUUUCCUGUCCCUGUUGAUGGACAGUUCAUUACAAAACCUGUGGAUGAGAUGUUUCGAAACGCUGAACUUCUCAAAAUACCUUUUAUAACUGGUGUUAAUAACGAUGAAGGGGGCUGGCUACUUCCUACUUUCCUUGGUCCUCCAAACUGGACAGAAGGAAUGGAUCGGGAAGAGGUCCUGAACACCCUGGCCAUGUUCUGUCCUUUUGAACUGAUGAAAGAGCUGGCAGCAGAUGAAUAUCUGGGAAGCUCUGAAGAUCGUGUGAAAAAUAGAGAUGGAUUCACUGAACUGCUUGGAGACCUGUUAUUUACCAUCCCAGCCAUCAAGACUGCCAAUGCCCACAGAGAUGCAGGCGCCCCUGUAUACCUGUAUGAGUACCAGCAUGCUCCUAAUGUCAGGCAGGAGAGAAGGCCAAGCUUUGUCAAGUCUGACCACGGAGAUGAAAUAUUUUCAGUAUUAGGAUUUUGCUUCACCACUACCCAUGUCAACUUAGGCGGUCUGUGUACAAAAGAGGACAGACAGCUAAGCAACAUCAUGAUGAGCUACUGGGGCAAUUUUGCCCGCACAGGCUCUCCUAAUGGGGACGGCCUGGUCCAGUGGCCACAGUAUGGAGCAGAAGGAGACUACCUGGUCAUUGGAACAGAGCAGGUACCUGGUCAGCACCUAAAGAAGGACCGCUUCACCUUCUUUACUCAAACCCUCCCAGAGAAGAUCAAACAACACCAAGAGAAGAUGGAGCUGCUGAAAACCAAAACUGUUGAUACAAAGCUUGGAGCUGUGAAAGGCGAGUUUGUGAGUGUUAAGGGGAGGGAGGGGGUCCAUGCCUUCCUGGGUUUGCCAUUUGCCAAGCCACCUAUUGGCCCACUGAGACUGGCUGCACCCCAGCCUACAGAAGGAUGGGAAGGAGUGAGAGAUGCCACCAAGCAACCACCCAUAUGUCCUCAGAAUAGAGACCAACUUGCUGAGCUCAUGAACAAGCUUGGCGGCAUCAAUGUAGAUAUCCCUGAGGUUUCAGAGGACUGCCUUUACCUCAACAUUUAUACACCUGCAAACAUGGCUCAGGAUGCAAAGCUCCCGGUCAUGGUCUGGAUCCAUGGUGGGGGGCUUAUGAGUGGGUCAGCCUCAAUAUACGAUGGCUCUGCCCUGGCUGCUUACCAGGACAUGGUUGUAGUUUUGAUCCAGUACCGCUUGGGACUACUGGGGUUUUUGAGCACGGGUGAUGAGCACAUUCCAGGGAACUUUGGCCUGCUGGAUCAAGUGGAAGCCCUGCGGUGGGUCCAGCAGCACAUUCACAACUUUGGAGGAGACCCAGGUUCAGUCACCAUAUUUGGGGAAUCUGCUGGUGGAGUGAGUGUAUCACUCUUGCUUCUCUCACCAUUGUCUGAUGGCCUGUUUCACCGUGCAAUAGCUGAGAGUGGCACUGCUGCAAUGGAUGCACUUCUCACAAAUGAUCCUCUGUCAUUUGCCCAGUUGGCAGCGAAUGCAUCUGGCUGUGACCUCACGAGCACAGAAAAGAUCUCGGUUUGCCUGAAACACAUGGACCAUGAUGCCCUGAUGACCCUUGUCCAUAACCAAAUGUUGCAUUUUCCUGUCGCUGUUGAUGGACAGUUCAUUACAAAACCUGUGGAUGAGCUGUUUCGAAAUGCUGAACUUCUCAAAAUACCUUUUAUAACUGGUGUUAAUAACGAUGAAGGGGGCUGGCUACUUCCUAGUUUCCUUGCUCCUCCAAACUGGACAGAAGGAAUGGAUCGGGAAGAGGUCCUGAACACCCUGGCCGUGUUCUGUCCUUUUGAACUGAUGAAAGAGCUGGCAGCAGAUGAAUAUCUGGGAACUUCUGAAGAUCGUGUGAAAAAUAGAGAUGGAUUCACUGAACUGCUUGGAGACCUGGUCUUUACCAUCCCAGCCAUCAAGACUGCCAAUGCCCACAGAGAUGCAGGCGCCCCUGUAUACCUGUAUGAGUACCAGCAUGCUCCUAAAGCCAUGCAGGAGAGAAGGCCAAGCUUUGUCAGGUCUGACCACGGAGAUGAAAUAUUUUCAGUAUUAGGAUUUUGCUUCACCACUACCCAUGUCAACUUAGGCGGUCUGUGUACAAAAGAGGACAAACAGCUAAGCAACAUCAUGAUGAGCUACUGGGGCAAUUUUGCCCGCACAGGCUCUCCUAAUGGGGACGGCCUGGUCCAGUGGCCACAGUAUGGAGCAGAAGGAGACUACCUGGUCAUCGGAACGGAGCAGGUACCUGGUCAGCACCUAAAGAAGGACCGCUUCACCUUCUUUACUCAAACCCUCCCAGAGAAGAUCAAACAACACCAAGGGAAGAUAGACCACAGUGAACUGUAGGAUGGGUAAUACUCUUCUUUCCAUUCCAUCUGCAUUUUUCAGUCCAUCAUUAGCCCAUAAUCACAGUCAUGUCAAUCUCAUCUUGUAAUAUACUUAUGUCGCCAAGUAGAGACAUAACAGCAGCGAGGAACAAUUCAACAAAAAACAUCACACACGGAGCUGAACAUGGAAUGCAAAGUCCCUUAAAGGUUUACCCACAGAUUCAGAACAAACACACACAGGAAAGAUAAGGAGGUGCUUGUCAAUUUUUUAAAAAAUGUAGCAAUGUCGUGUUUUGCUGUUCGUUUGAUAGAAGUCCCCCAUGCCUGCAUGCACCGACAAGGAAACUGAACAAAUCACUUAAAACACUUAAAAUAACACUCAUGCAUACUGGCCAAACCCAUGGAUAACUGCUGCUGAAAGAUUUUCAAAAUCUCAUAUGAAUAUAUGGUGAAAUCUGAAUACAAGAUAAAGAUGUUGUCUACUCAGGGUUGUGACACAGAAAAUGUUUGUAAUAUUCUUAGGAUGUUGUUUAGAAAAUGUGGUGUGUGUCUUAAGAUUUAUCACAAAAAGCAUUAACUGUGAAAAGAGUUGACAUUUUUUUAAAUGAAUAAAUACUGUGAUUUCUUACUGUAGUGGUGUGGUAAAACUGUCAACUUUUAAAUUUUGCAAUUUGUGUAAUUUGAAAAUAAGGCUUACCACAAAUAAUAAAUAUACUAAG